AUGCAUUGUAUCUCUCUUUGUCUCUUUGUCCUGUACUCCUCCUCGACGACAACGACCACGACAACGACCUCUACGCCAAACGAACACGAACGCUACGCUCCUGGCGAUCAGAAGGCUGCUAUCGCACUGCUACCGUCGCACCAUCGCACCUCGACCCCGCCGUCACCACCCACCUAUACCUCACGCACACGACCCCCGCUCACCUUCGUGCCCGCUUGUACCUCCUCCCAUUGUCCUUCUGUGCAACUUGCACCCCCCCGAAGCCACUUGCAACCGAUCACGUCAUCCACCACACCCUCGCCACUCGGCACCCACCCACCCACCCACCCACCUAUAACACUCAUGCCCGUGACCGUCGCGACGCCCACCGUGCCCAUCUCGCGGACCGUACGCAGCCCGCCGUCGAGCAGGUCGCGCUCGCCGAGCCCACUGAGAGAGAGCAAGGUGCCCAACACGAUCCCCGAGGUGCCAGCCCCCAAGCCAAAGGCAGCAGCCGCUGCCGCGGUCAAGGUCGCGCCGGCGUCGGCGGCGGCCCACGCACCAGCGCCGCCGCACGCCGGCUGUCGCGGGUUCAUCCUCGCAUCUCAGUACGCUGUGUACGCGCCAGAGGGCACGCACGCCCCCGACCACAUCUCGUCCGCUGGCGACUCGGCGUUCGAGCUCAUCCCGUGCCCCCGCGCCCCCAGCGCCCCGGGCCACCCGGGCACGAGCUGCGCCCCGCCCCCGCCCGGGAUUGAGCGCCGCGACUCGGCCUGCUCGAACGGCGGCUUCUGCGACCGCCACUGGUGCGGAGGGUGCAAGCGCGCCGAACGCGCCUGGGCGGCGUACGAGAAGAAGGUGACUUAGGUGUUGUGAGACCAGCUCGCUGAGCUGUCUCAUCCCCCUCCCACCACCAUCACGCCCAUCACACCCCCAUGACCAUGCCCACGCCCGCCAAUGCCCACACCCAUGCCCAUGCUCUCUUACCCGUUGCGUUGUCAAUCACUACGGAUACCUAUAGCUUUGUAUGUCAACUAUGCCUAAUCGCGAUGG